AUGGAAAUUGAGCAAGAUAUGAAUAUUGAUUCAACGGAAAUUGCAAAUUAUGUUUAUCUAUUUUUGAAAGAAAAUAAUUUUCUACAAUACUGGUCAAGCUUCGAUAGGAAGGGCUACGAUGACAUGAAACAGUUGCUAGAGAUGACACCAGAUGAAUUAGAACAGGCGCUAGCACAAGAUAUUGGAAUCAAGAAAAUAGGGCACCUCAAGCGAUUGAAGGCUCUUUUAGCUAUCCAUUCUACAAGAGGCAAUUCGAACGAAAAAGAAUACGAGAAUAAAGAUGCAAAGAAAAGCUCAAACAAAACUCAGAAAU